ACCGCGAAUCAGUCGCAAAAAAGUGCCCGUCGCCAGAACGCUGAAAAAACAGCAAACAAUUGAGAUAAAUAAAUAGUCUCGAGAUAGAAAUAGUGACAGAGUGACAAGAAGCAGCCAAAAGCGAGAGCUGCCACAAAAAUCGAAUUUUUUAAGGCAAAAACAUCAAGGAAUUCGCCGAGAGGAUAACGAAAGCGCUGCCCCGCAAACGUGCGACCCCCUCCAUCAGUCCAUCAAUCCAUCAAUCCAUCCAGCCAACUAUCCCCAUCCACAAAAUCCAGAUAUCCGCGAAUCCAGGAGCCAACGGUGACGAAAGCAGCAGGGGCAGGACUCGCACACAACCGAAACAACACAACAAACCCAAAACACACACUCCACAAAGAUGUCAUGGAGAUAUGCGCUUCUCACAGACAGAUACAGCAGCAGUAUCGGCGAUAGAUAUAGUCCCCACUAUUAUCAGUCGCCCAGCCGCCUGGAGACCUCCGAACAGACCACAGGCCGCCAGCUGCAGCGAGUCCUGCACUACUCGAUGGCUCCUAGCCGGACUCUUCCAGGACUAAGACGCGCCGAGUGCGCCAUCCACGACGUUGACUGUGAUGAGGUCUACCCGGGCAUCUACAUUGGUGAUGCUGCGGCGGCCAAGAACAAAACGUAUCUGAGAUUGAUGGGCAUCACCCACGUGCUGAACGCGGCCGAGGGAUGUCGGUAUGGUCAGGUGGACACUGGACACAGCUACUACCGGGAUAUGCCCAGCAUCAGACGCAGCCAUAAGGAUUGUGUUUUUAGGUACAUGGGCUUCCCCAUGGUCGAUGCCCCAACGACAGACAUCUCGCGCUACUUCUACGUGGCCUCCAAGUUCAUCGACAGCGCCAUCAGCAGCGGCGGCAAGAUCCUGGUCCACUGCCUGGUGGGCAUGUCGCGAUCGGCCACCUGUGUGCUGGCCUACCUGAUGAUCUGCCGGAAGAUGUCGGCGGUGGACGCGAUACGCACGGUGCGGAUGAGGCGCGAUAUCCGGCCGAAUGACGGAUUCCUGCAGCAACUGGCCGACUUGGACAUGGAGCUCAAGCGCAAGAACCUGUAUCCCUACUAGUAGGGAUAGUUUUGUGGGACUUGACGGGGAGCCUGAGAGACAACCAAAGAUCCAGGGAGAGAGUAAACGGGGGGCAAUGGCAGGGAUCUUGGAGGGGAUCCGGCAACUAACCAAAUGAAAAAUGAUAAAGAAAAAAGAUUAUAAUUAUGAAAUGAAAAUCGAAAAAUGAAAAAUGAAUAAUCGUUGUUCUAAACAAAAAUGGAAGCCUACAAAGCUAACGACUUAUAAUGGUAACUUGGUCUUCUGAUAUAUAUAAACUGUUCAUCCCCAAAACUGUAUAAUCGCGGCAUACCCAUAUUGUAGGACUAAUACGAGUAUAUAGAUAUACACAACCAGCCAGAAGGGAAUCAAGUUAUCUCCACUCUCACUCGAACACUUAGAGACCUAGAUUGGUAGAGCCACGAUCGAAGCAAUAUGAGGCGAUCAACCUAUAUACCUUGCCUAUACCUAGACGUACAGAUUUAUAUACAUGUAUUCCGGACCCACAUCUAUGCGAAUUUUUUCUAAGGCUCUCAUCCGUAUCUGUGUUAACGUUCUGUUUCAUCCCAUACACCAAUAUACACCAAUACCCAACCCUAUAGCGAGCCCAAGUCCUACAUGUGUAAGAAGAGCUGAAACUAGAUCAUGAACAAUGUUUGCGGACACAAACGUAACCAGAUGCAUAUAUACUGAUAUAUAACUGUGUAACGGAUAUACAAGCAUGCGUUAUAUACACCUAUACCACAUAUAUAUAUACUAUAUACACCAAGUGUGGACAAUGUAAUAAAACCAAAUUCAUAUUUUCUAGAACAUGUACCAUGUUUAAGAGCAGACGAAACAAAUAACUAAACCAAAUCAAAUGAGCAGAACAAGUAACUAAAACUAAAAGUAAACUUAAGGAGUGAUUAAUAAUAAAAAACCAAAACAAGAACAAAGUCA